CGCGCGUGACGGGGGCGGGGCGGGGCUCAGCUCGAGCUGCUGACCCAGCGGAGGCCGCCAUGCGCCGCCCCAGGCCGGUCUGCUGCGCGCUUCUGCUGCUCCUGGGGCUCUGCGGGGCGCGCCCUCGGAACGUGCUGCUGAUCCUCGGUGAGUGCCGCCGCCCUCCCACGGGCACCGCUCUAGCGAAAGGAGGCCGCGCGCCCCUCCCCACCAGCGCGGACGACGGAGGCUUUGAGAGCGGCGUGUACAACAACAGCGUCAUCGCCACCCCUCACCUGGACGCCCUGGCAUGCCGCAGCCUCAUCUUCCGCAAUGCCUUCACCUCCGUCAGCAGCUGCUCCCCCAGCCGAGCCAGUCUGCUCACCGGCCUGCCCCAGCACCAGAACGGCAUGUAUGGGCUGCACCAGGAUGUGCACCACUUCAACUCCUUCGACAAGGUGCAGAGCCUGCCGCUGCUGCUCGGCCGGGCCGGCGUUCGCACAGGCAUCAUCGGGAAGAAGCAUGUGGGGCCAGAGGCUGUGUACCCAUUUGACUUUGCCUACACGGAGGAGAACGGCUCUGUGCUCCAGGUGGGGAGGAACAUCACCAGAAUUAAGCUGCUCGUCCGCAAAUUCCUGCAGACUCAGGACAGCAGGCCCUUCUUCCUCUACGUGGCCUUCCAUGACCCGCACCGCUGUGGGCACUCUCAGCCCCAGUACGGAGCCUUCUGUGAGAAGUUUGGUAACGGGGAAAGUGGCAUGGGGCACAUACCGGAUUGGACGCCCCAGACCUACGACCCUCAGGAUGUAGUGGUCCCUUACUUUGUCCCUGACACCCCAGCAGCCCGAGCUGACCUUGCUGCUCAGUAUACCACCAUCGGCCGGAUGGACCAAGGGAUUGGACUUGUGCUGCAGGAGCUGCGUGGAGCAGGCGUCCUGAAUGACACAAUGGUCAUCUUCACAUCAGACAACGGGAUCCCCUUCCCCAGCGGCAGGACCAACCUGUACUGGCCGGGGACCGCUGAGCCCUUGCUGGUGUCAUCCCCAGAGCACCCGAAACGCUGGGGCCAGGUCAGCGAGGCCUACGUGAGCCUCCUAGAGCCCCUUGUGAUCCUGCACAUCUCCCAGAAGGCCUGGGGUUAUCUAGACCUGAUUGCCAGCAAGCAGACAGGCCACCGGCCUGGGAAACGGGGAGGCUGGGACCUCACGCCUACCAUCUUGGACUGGUUCUCCAUCCCUUACCCCAAGUAUGCCAUCUUUGGCUCAAAGACUGUUCAACUCACAGGCCGGUCACUCCUGCCAGCACUAGAGACAGAGCCCCCUUGGGCUACCAUCUUCGGCAGCCAGAGCCACCAUGAGGUCACCAUGUCCUACCCCAUGCGCUCCGUGUACCACCAGAACUUCCGCCUUGUGCACAACCUCAGCUUCAGGAUGCCAUUUCCUGUGGACCAGGACUUCUACGUCUCACCCACCUUUCAGGACCUCCUGAACCGCACCGUGGCUGGCCAGCCCACUGGCUGGUACAAGGACCUGCACCACUACUACUACCGGGAGCGCUGGGAGCUCUACAAUGACAGCCGUGACCCCCAGGAGACCCAGAACCUGGCUGCCGACCCCCGCUUUGCAGAGGUGCUGGAGGUGCUGAAGACCCGCCUGGCCAAGUGGCAGUGGGAGACCCACGACCCCUGGGUGUGUGCCCCCAAUGGCGUCCUGGAAGAAAAGCUCUCUCCACAGUGCCGGCCACUCCACAAUGAGCUGUGACGGUCCCUGGGGCACCUGCCUGCCCCUUCUGCUCCUCCGCACCCCUGUCUGUCUUGAUGUACGGGGUGUCCUUCCUGCCUCUCCUGGAGGAGAAACCCACAGGUGGACCCCAGGCCCUCGCCAGGUACUGCCACCAUAGGGGGCACUGCUGGCCUCUUGUCUGAGCUGUAUCCUGAGACAGAAGCUUGGGAGGGGGCUGGGUGAGAUCUCCCAGCCCGUCUUCGGAGCGGGGAUCUGCAGAUGGAGGGGCAGGAAUGGGGGUUUGAGAUGCUGUCAAGUCUAGAACUGGCAGAUGUUUCUGAGCCCUUCACCCAGAGGAGGCUGGGCCUUCCCGUGGCACAUGGCCUUUAGCCACCUGGUCUGUGCAGGUCUUGGACCUGCCUGGGGCUGGCCUGUCCUGCCUCCCCUCAUCAGCCCCACCCCGUAGGAGAACCCCAGCAGGAUUCUCACUGGUUCUCAGCAGUACGAGUUUGCUCCUGUGUCCUUCCAUAGUCAUCUCUUCUAAGAGUAACCGAGGAUAAGGGGGGAGAGUACACUUCCUGUGGCUGGGGUUCCUUGUGUGACACCAGCGUCUGGCUCCAUACCUGCCUGGCCUCCACCGCCACGAGAACAGAAGCUCGGCCUGGAGAAACCUGGAAAGCAGGCGUCUUCCUCCAGUGGGCUGCUCCAUCCCUUUUCUCUCCCACCAACUCCAUACUGGGGGUGGGGACGAAGCCACAGGCUCUAGCACUGUAAAAUUUUUUAUUUUAGUAAAAUAUAAAUUUAUUUACUUAA